UGCUUUUCACUUGAGCUGAAGAAUCUACGCUGCUCUCUUCAACCCAAACAUGGAAGGACAUCAUUUCAACACCAACAGGACCAGAAACUUUGGAUCCAACCUCAUGAAUGAUGAUGAGCUUAGGAUUGUGAUGGUGGGGAGGACUGGAGUAGGGAAGAGCGCUACUGGGAACACCAUUCUGGGAUGGUCCCGCUUUCAUUCCAAGUGCAGUGCACGGUCUUUGACUGUGGAUUGUUCUAAAGAUAAAACUGUGGUGGAUGGACAACCAGUAUCUGUCAUUGACACCCCAGGCCUGUUUGACACCAGGUUUGGUCAGGAGAAGACAACCAAAGAUUUGAGCCAGUGUGUCACCUAUGCUGCUCCUGGACCCCAUAUCUUCCUGGUGGUCAUUUCUCUGGGCAGGUUCACUGAAGAGGAAAAGCAGACGAUGCAGAGGAUUCAAGAUAUCUUUGGCCAGGCUGCUGACAAAUACAGCAUGGUCCUCUUCACUCAUGGAGACGUCCUUGAAGACACCACUAUUGAAGAAUUCCUAUCUGAGAGUCCAGAGUUACAGGAGCUUGUAGCCAGAUGUAACGGCCAGUACCAUGUCUUCAAUAACAAGCUGAAAGAUAAGAAACCUCAAGUCACUCUGCUGCUCCAGAAGAUCAGAAAUAUCGUGCAGAAGAACGGAGGAAGCCAUUACACCAACAAGAUGUUCCAGGAGGCUGCGAGGUCAAUUGAAGAGAAAAAACAACGCCUAUUGAAAGAGAAGGAAGAGAAAAUCCGUAGGGAGAAAGAAGAACUGGAGAGAAAACUGCAAGAAAAGUAUGAAAAAGAGAUGGAGAAAAUCAACAGGCGACUCCAGGCUGAGAGAGAGAGGGAGAGAUGGAUGAUAGAGGAGGAAAGACUACAUCAAAUUAUGAUCAUGGAGCAGGUGAUGGAGAUGCAGAGGAAGAGGGAGAUGGAGAAAAGGGAGGCAGAAAGGAAGCGAGAAGAAGAGGAAAGAAACAGGGCAAUUGAAAUGAUGAAGAAGCAUUUGGAAGAACAACAUGAGAGGGAACUGGAAGAGGAAAGAGAGAGGUUGAGAAGAAUAGCACAACGUCGUGCUGAGGAGAAUGAUGAAUGUAUAAUUCUCUGAAAAUAUGGUUUGGAUAAAUCUUUGGUUGUGAAACUUGUAGCGUUCCUACUUAAACUAAUAAACUUAUAGGGACAACUUUGAUAACAAAGGAAAAAUAAUUGUAUUUAUCAAUCUCUCAUCUGAAAGCAGUUUUACCUUUUACCAGUAUGUAUCCAAGAUCAUAGCCUUGCCUUUUCUCUUUGAUAAAACAAAAAUAAGAGUGACUUUUGAACAGUAUCGUACACCUGAACUCCCAGCAUCACAGCGCUGCAACCCAUUCUCCCAUCAAAAUGUGAAAUAGCAACAUUGGUCCACAGUACAAAAUGUAUUAGUUUCUCAACUAAGCCUCUCAAGGACGGACGGUAUCAAAACCUUUGUCCGCUGAAGAACUCACCUAAUGCCUACUCACCAGCCACGGGCCGUGCCCCCUUGCACUGCCAUCAUGAGAGUCCCACUCAUCAUCAUGGCCUUUGUGGCCCUCCUGACCACAAUCUGGUUCCCAGUGGAACAGACUAGAGAGGAGCCCUGAGAGAUGGAAGAAACCUUUCCACUAAUGAGUCAUGCUGACAUGUUAGGAAGUGUUCCUCAAAACUCUUUACUUACAUUGUUGUUGUAAUUUAGGAACACUGCUAUAUGUUCAUCCCUGAAGAAACUGGUGCUGAAGGUAAUUUUACCA